ACGUAUGGUGUUUAUAUGUGCAUAUGAGAGAGAGAGAGGGAGAGAGAGAGAGAGAGAGAGAAAGAGAGUAAGAGGGUACAACACCGCACCCCGUUUGCUCUUCUUGGCUUUCUUCCUUCUCUUCGAAGGAGAAGCCGUCGUCGGGAACGGUGAAAUGAUGACGAUGACGAUCGUCUUGUCCAUGCGAGUGUUCUCCUUCACGUCCCUCUUGAGAAUACGGUGAACUCUGCUUAUACGGUUUUCGUCUUCUCUCUCAUCUCCAUUCUCUCGUUAAGGGGAAAGAGAGGAAGAAAAAGAGAGAGAGAGAGAGAGAGACUUUCACCGAGAAAUGCUAUGCCAGUUCGGAGGGCUAUAGGGUUAUCAUCCGGGCUUCUCUCUCCUUUUACGACUUACGCUUUUGGCGCGGAAUUUAUGCGACGGUAUGACUUCACGCUGCACUCUCGUCCUCCUUUUUGAACGUUCGCACGUCCUUCUUUAGGAUACGAUUUGCAUUUUCACUUACGUAAUCCGAAACCGAAAUUUUCUUGCAACGGUCUAAUAUAAAGUUCGACAAAGUCAAACAAUUAAAAAAAUUUUCAGAAUGAAUAUCAAGUGAUCAGACUAGAUUUAAUCAUUGUCAUCUCAAAAUGGCAUUUUUAAUUAAAUGGUUGAAAGCCCAAGAAUUGUUAAAAAUAUUUGUUAGAUUUAAGCAUGGUUCAAAUCAUUGGUCUGUAAUUAGGAAGGAAAAGACACAUAAGAACAGAGCAUUGGCAUAUUUUGACGACUUCUAUGAUAAAGUAUAUGGAAAAGCGUGGAAGGACAUAAGAACCGCAUUGCUACAAGAGGAAAACAAAUAUAUAGCAGUGGUUAAUAAUUUUAGCGAUGUGAAAAGAAUACAAACGUCUUUGGAGAAUUCUGGGGCGAUAAAUUUGAAGUUAAUAUAUGAUGCAUUUAUGGAAAAUGUACAAGAUCAAAGGUUUCAAAAGAAGUCAAAGGAAACUAUUAAGUUAAAUGAUCGAAUGGAUAAUAUAAUAUCAGAAAGACAAAUAUCAAAAGUACAGUCGGUUUAUCCAAUUGAUUAUAAAUCAUCUCCAGAUUCACUGACUUAUACAGAGAACAAUGAUAGUAACAUCAAUAUUAAUAAAUCAUUAGAAUUAGUACAUUUAAAAUCUAUAGCAGAAGAUUCAAAUGAUGUGAACAUUGACAGCAAUCGUAUUGUUCUUCCCUCUGAUGGUUUAGCAGGACUUUAUGAAUUUGUACCAGUAACAAAAUUGAAAGGUAUGGAUGAAUGGGUUUUAGAAUCUGAACAUUAUGAAUAUUAUCAAAAAGCAGCUGAUUUUAAGAUACCCGUGGAAAAAGAGAAAAUUUUAUCUUUUCCAAAACAUCUUAAAUUGUAUACAUAUGAAGAGUUUAGCGAAGAAAAAUUUUCAGUCCCAAAAAAAGGAUCCACUGGAGUAUUAGAUUAUUAUCUUUUUGAUGGAGGCUCAAUACUACCUAUCUUGGCUCUUGACAUACAAUUAGGUGAUUAUGUAUUAGAUAUGUGUGCAGCACCUGGAGGCAAGACUCUAACAAUUUUGCAAACACUUAUGCCCAAUUUAGUGGUAGCAAAUGAUCUCUCGCAGUCUAGAGUAAACAGAAUAAAAAAAGUAUUAAAUCAAUACAUAGCAGAUAUAGGACAGUUAAAUGACAAAUUGUUUAUAACAGAAGAAGAUGCACGUAAAAUUAAUGAUAAAGACGUAUAUAAUAAGAUACUUGUUGAUGUCCCAUGUACAACAGAUAGACAUGUAUUACAUGAAAAUAAUAACAAUAUUUUUAAACCUACAAGAAUUAAAGAAAGAUUGCGAAUGCCAGAAAUCCAAGCAGAUAUUUUAUUCAAUGCAUUGCAAUUAGUAACUGUUGGUGGUACUGUCGUAUAUUCUACCUGUUCUCUUAGCCCUAUACAAAAUGAUGGGGUUAUACAAAUGGCACUAAAACGAAUGUGGGAAGAAAGUAAUACUGUUAUAAUUGUAAAAGAUAUGUCGGAUGCAUUAGAUCCAUUGCAAACAUUGUUUAAUUUUGGAAAUUUUGGCUUGAAACAUGGACAUAUUGUCAUACCUACUAUUGGUUAUAAUUGGGGUCCUAUGUAUUUUUGUAAAAUGGUUAAAUUAAAAUGAUGAAGGUAAGGUAGUUAAAUCAUACUUACUUAAUUUAUUAAUAAAUUAUAUAUAUAUAUAAAAGUUGUAGACAUAAUAAUAAUAAAUUUAUAAAAGUAUAAAAAUAAUCUGUAAAAAAUGUACCAAAUGUAAAUAUUUCUGUGUUAGUUUAACUAUUAAAGCAUAGGUAUUUUAAUUUAUAUUUACAAUUAAGUAAAGUAAUUUAUAUUUCCAAUAUUGUAACAGUUUUUAAGUAAUUUUGUACCUUUACAUUAUGAGACUUUUUUACACCACAUUAAAAUAUGCAUAUUUCAUACAAAAAUGUUAAAAUUUACAUUAAUAGUAGCAUAUCCCAGCGUCUAUAAUAAUAUAUAGCGUCGAUAUGUAUACACCAUUGGUUUUCUUUGAUCUUUUGUUAAUACAUUGCAGUUUUUGCUAAUCUCGCACUCUUUCAACUGUGCUAUAUAAUAGACGCGCAUCUCAAUAAGUUAUGAGGUUAAUUCUUAGACUUCAUCACGUUCCACAUGUUUACAAGGAAAAUUAUUUAUGUCAUAAAUGUGUGACAAAUUGAAUAAUUAUAUACGAUUAAAUAACAUAGAUACAAUGAAUCGUGGGAUCAUAUAGAUGGAUCUAUUGUGAAAACCGAAGAGAAUGCAGCUACGUGAAAGAUUACACAGAAAGACUAAAAACUCUCGGCCUAAUUAUAAAUCUAAGUGUUAAAUCAAGCGAGUUCAAACAUAUAAAAUGGAAAAAAUGUCAUUAAAAAUAUAAGAAAUAAUCAAAAAUAUCUAUGAAUGUGAAGAUCUUACUAUGAGAUGAUGUAUACUCUUUAAACCGAUCGAAGCAAAAAAUAAACCAAAGUAUGGCACAGUAUGUAAAUCCAUUUAUUCAAAAAGUAGAAUAAUUAGAUGAAUUUGGCAUACAAUCAUUAAUGCUUGUUAGUUAAUUCAUUGUCUAAUGAAUAUGAAACAGUCAACAUAACUAUUGAAUCCAAAAAAGAGAAUCUAUAUUUAAAAAAUUUUUAAUAAAAUUAAUGAAAAAAGAUAUAACAAAAACAGAUAUCAAAUAAUGAACAAUGUCAACCUGAUAGAGAAGAAGCAUUAUCAUUAUAAGUACUAUUAUUAAAUAGAAACACAUGUGAAUAAAAAAGUUAUUUAGCAAGAUAAACUAGAAAUAGAAGAAAAAGUAUAGCUAAGAGAAAUUACGAAGAUUUAUGUCCACUCACGAUAAAACAAUGAUAAAUAUUUGUUAAUUAGUUUAGAUUUGAUAAAUUUUACAUGUGAAGAUAACGUAGAUAUUAAAAUGAAUACAAAAAAGAAAGAGAAAAGAAACUAAUACAAAAGAAAGUAAUGAAAAAAGAAAGAAAAAGGAAAAAAGAACAACAACAUUUCAACCAGCAAUCCCGUGAUUAAUAAUCUGGAACACUUUGAACAGUACAAAAGAGCUGAUACCAGCAUUAAAACUACUCCAGCCACGAGAGGCUGUAUGUAAUCUAAAAUUCAAAGAAUUGGAAAAUGUGAUAGACCAAGAAAGUUAUAUAAUUCAUCAAUGACAGCUCAAAAUGAUCAGUAUGUUGUAAAGAAAGUUAUAGAUAGUCUAAAAAGAGAAUUGUGACUAGAGGCAGUUAAGGUUAAAAGAAAACAAGAUCGAUUGGUGGACAAAUUCAAAGCGAAAUUAAUUGCGAAGGAAUUGAUUAUGAGGAGGUUUUCGUUCCAGUUG